UGGCUGUGGCUCUGUUCGUGGCGGCACGGAUGCCCCUGCUGUCGGCCGCAGUGGCUACAAUAUGCAGGAGCGUCGACUCUUUGCCUCUCUUCGUGACGCUGUGCCUCUACGUUUACUUCAGCGAGAACAUUCGGAUUCGGUUCGAUGUGAUGGUUCAACUCUGGGAGAUGCUGGACAGGACGGAGGCCCAGAUCGACCUGUACAGACUCCUCUACACGCAGCUGUUCCACGCGGUGCACGUCUUCAACGACUGCUUCUCCUUCCCGCUCAUCGCCCUCUUCGGCACGGCCGCCUAUUCCCUCUUCGUAGAGUUCUUCCUCUUGUUCCAGUACUAUUCCUUCUUCACCCAGGUCACUUUCUUCCUCAUCGAUAUUGCCAUCAUUCAUCUACUCACAUCUUAUACAAAAGAUUUGGUCUUCUCGAGUGAGAAAAUACUUCGAAGACUACACAGAGUGACAAUCAACUGGUUCGAUGAAAGAAAAAUAUCCCAGAUUAGGAUGUUCAUGUGGGAACUGCAUGCUAAGAGAGCAGAAAUUACAGCGUUUGGACUUUUCACAAUUGACAGUGAUCUUGUGACGUCGAUUAUGCUAGCAACAGCAUCUUACUUAGUCAUGAUGUUCCAGCUAAUGCCACAGCUCACUGAGGAUGCUCAAAAUUAAGGAGGUAACAAGUCCAUGUUUUUAAUUGAACUACCUAUAACACAAGGAUUUUCCUGCAGGGGCAACAAAGAAACUAUAAGAAGCAUGAAUAGCGCUUAUCUAUUUGAAAAACACAUGUAUCCUGCUCCAAGAACUUUUUGAUAGAACCAAUCGACAAUGUAUAAAUCCAUUCGCAGAUAUCGUCCAUUUGAAGUUCUUCAAUUUGCCACAAAGGCAAACAAACCUACAGGCAAGUGCAAAUAGUUAUCCUUAUAAUUUCUAAUAAAGUGCUCUAUCCAAUGAGAAUGUGCCUACCUCUGGACUUUGAUAACCUAUGAAGGUAAUUUUUUGACCAGUUGGGUUAAAUUCUUGUGUAAAAGCUACGUUUAAUAAUACUAGACUUUUUUGCAAUUGGAAAAAAAACUUUUGGAGUCACGUCUUUUGCUUGAAAUUCUGCAGAAUCCUCUGUUUUCUUCAUUGUUUCCCCAAUCCUCAAUCCAUGUUAAUAUUGAUACCAAAUUUUGGUGCACAUUUUUCCAAAUUUGUAUGAUCUUUCAAUACCCACUUGAAACCUAUGAAUUUUGGCCACAUGCACCUUAAUUGAGAGAGGGUUUUAUGACCUCAUUAACUUCAACCAAAACACAUUCAUGAAAAAGUCUAAGUGCGAGACUUACUUGAGUUUAAUAAAACAGUAUGUAAAUUUUGUGUUAUCUUUCUUUGUUUUAUUCAUAUACUGUAGUAAUUGGAACAUUUGUCAAAUAAUCGAUCAGGGUUUCAAAAGUCAAACUACAAUUAUGUGAAAAAAAUGAUUUUUUUAAUAAUUUACAAAUACAACAACUGAUUGAAAAAUUGAGAAAAAUAAAAUUAAUGGAUAAAAGAAAAUAAUUAUCAACGGUAAAGACACAAAUUUUGAUCCAUAUCAUGAGCAUUCAAUCAAUGCAAUUACAAUUAUUAAAUAAAUACUUGCAAACUUAGUGCGAAUUCGUUCGUAAGGCACCAAAAAAUAGGACUAUUCUUAAAAUACUUAACAAACUUCAAAAGGUUUGUUGAUGUCUUAUUCUAAUCCUCCCAAAGGUGAACAUUCUGGCUUUUUCUUCUUGGUGAAAUUCACAGACAGAGUUACAAUUCAUAUCAAGCUAUGUUCUGCGGUGUUCAGCCUCAAGUCCCUACCUCCCACCAGAACAUUACAUACAAACCUCCCCAGUUGUAAGUGUGUUAAGUAGUUCAUAAAUAGCCCAGUGUGGGCAUGCAGUACAAUAAUCAAUCCAGUAAACAAAUUAUCUUAAAUGAAGAUACCAAAGUUUUAAAGGAACUUCCAUAGAGUGUACCUACUUGAUUUCGUUACAUACUUCCUGCUUCUUAAAAAUAUUUUAUAAAUGCAUCACAAAACAGAAAUAAUCAUCAAAGAUUGCGGGGAGCUUUACUUAUGACUAA